AUGGGAUACUCUCUUCCAUCACCGACCAGCCCCGUCGAGCGCGCGCGCGCCCUGAUGGCGCGCAAGGACGCCAUCGAAGCCGAGCUCGGCGCGCAGGCCGCCAUCUUGACCGCGAACGGAACGAACAUGCAGGAGCCGCUCGUCGACCGGGAGGGCUUCCCGCGCGCGGACAUCGACGUGUGGGCGGUGCGCCACGCGCGCGUGCGCGUCAUCGAGCUGCGCAACGACCUGAGCGCGCUCAUGGGCGAGAUCGGCAAGGCCCUGGAGAGCGUGUAUGACCCCGCGCUGGCCGCCCCGGCGGGCGAGCACGCGGACGAGGAGGCCCGGGGCGCGCUCAGGCCGUUCGCGAAGGUCAACGCCGUGGCCCCUGACAGUCCGGCCGCGGACGCCGGUCUCCAGCGCGACGACCUCGUCGUCAAGUUCGGACACCUGCGACACACGUCCUUCCCGACCGCUUCGUCUCUGCAGCCCCUGGCAGAGGUGGUCGCCGAGAACGAGAACAAAGAGAUCAGGGUCUUUGUGCGCAGAGGCGAACAACGGACCGUGGUCUUGAACUUUACCCCGAGACAAGGUUGGGGCGGCCGAGGGAUGCUCGGGUGUCAUCUCGUGCCGUACACACCAUCGUAG